AUGCCACAUGUUCAAAGAUUUAACAACGAAAAUAACAAUGAUGUUGAUUCAUCUUCCGUAAAUAUACAAAAACCAUCUUCAUCCACUAACACAACCACUAUGACAAAUGAUAAUAAUAAUAUCGUCAAUAUUAAAAGUAAAGAAAAAGAUGGGAGUCAUCCAAUCGCUUCAAUAGAUUCAUUAAUGAUAAAUCGGUCGUUUAAUAGUGGUGAAAGAUGUACUGCUAAUAACAAUUGUA